AUGCCUUCAGGUGAAGCCAUAGCGCGAAAAGUGGAUAUGAGCGUCGUUUCUAUACGGACACCCUGGAGUAGUGUUCUGUCGUCACUCCUUGACAAAGUCCGCUCCACAACCCAAACGCUUCGCCAAGCGGUCUCCCGUGCUCCGUUAACGGCAGGUGAUGGCCGCCGUCUUAUCCUUGACCCCAAGAGAAGGCGGUCGUUGAUGGACCACCGCAUCCAGCGCCCUUAUGUAUCCAAUUCCAUCCGGUCCAGCCGCUACACACUUUGGAACUUCUUGCCCCGUCAGUUGGUUGCCCAGUUUUCCAAAACCGCCAAUUUCUACUUCAUGAUCGUGGCUAUCUUACAGGCCAUUCCUAAUCUCAGUACCACCGGCAACUUUACAACUUUCAUUCCAUUAAUGAUCUUUGUCAGUAUCUCCAUGGCAAAGGAGGCUUUUGAUGAUUUUCGCCGCUACCGACUCGAUCGAGAAGAGAAUAACCGUCAAAUUUCAAUACGUCGUCUUGGUAGCCUUCACACCAUACCCUCCUGGCAGCCGGCACGAUGGAACGAGGUUCAAGUCGGUGAUCUGAUCGAGAUAAAAAGAGACCAUCCUGUCCCUGCCGAUAUCGUCCUCAUUCAUGUCGAGGGUGACACUGGUGUUGCCCAUUUUGAGACAACGGCUCUCGACGGAGAAACCAGUCUCAAAUGCAAACAACCAUGCCCGCUGAUCGCAGAGACCUAUCAGAGUCCCGAGACGAUCGAUACAAUUGAUAUGCACUUGGUGAUUCAGGAUCCCAAUGAGGACCUUCACAGAUUUGAAGGCCAUGUGAGCAUCGGAGACGUAAAGGCACCUCUCACCAACAAUCACAUCGUCUAUCGUGAAAGUGUCCUGCGCAACGUUGGCAGAGUCAUUGGUGUUGCCAUCUAUACUGGAGAGGAGUGUAAGAUCCGAAUGAAUGCCAACAAAAGCCCGAGGACCAAGGCCCCACUGAUUCAGACUAAAGUGAAUCGCGUAAUCCUCUUGGUUGUCUGCGUGGUCUUCAUGCUGGUCCUGUUCUGCACGCUUGGUUACACAAUGUGGUUUAGCACGCUAGAGAAUGGAUUCUGGUAUCUACAAGGGGCAAAAGUCAGAUUGGGGCCAGAGUUUAUCUCAUAUUUCAUCAUGUUCAAUACUAUGAUCCCAUUGUCAUUGUACACAACCCUGGAGUUGGUCAAGAUAUUCCAGACAUUCCUACUACUCCAAGACGUUGACCUAUAUGACGAGGACAGCAACAUCCCGGCGCAAGCACGAACCUCAACAAUCAAUGAAGACCUCGGUCAAGUGAAUUACAUAUUUACUGACAAGACCGGCACUUUGACUCAGAAUAUGAUGGAGCUACGAAAUCUUAGUGUAGCAGGAGGAUCGUACUUUCACGACCCACGGCACACCUUGAACGUGCCAGCUACUAAUACCACGAACACUCGUCGGAACUCACUCUCCCAACCGAUGGCAAAUCUCUCUCGCACUCAACAUAUGAUCGAAUUCGUUCAGAACAAUGCGCAUUCAAAGUUUUCACAGAAAGUCAAACUGCUACUGUUGAGCAUCGCUCUGUGUCAUACCUGCUUUCCGGAAUUUAACAGAGCAGAGAGCAGCGUUGGCUUCCAGGGAGUGUCCCCAGACGAGGUAGCUCUUCUUACUGCCGCCCGAGAACUCGGAUAUAUGCUUCUGAGUCGCCGCCCAGACUCCAUCACUCUCCGAAUCUUCCACCAUCAAAGACAUGAUAGGUAUUCCGACGAGACCUAUGAGAUAUUGGAUGUAAUUGAAUUUUCGACUACGCGCAAGCGGAUGUCUAUCAUUGUCCGUAUGCCUGAUGGACGGAUCUGCCUUUUCUGUAAAGGUGCAGAUAGUGUUAUCAGAUUGCGCCUUCACCAGAAUCUGUGCCAGAACUCGUUGAGCCAGGCUAAAUUGGAGACGGGAACUUCGAUGAUCGGUCUGGGGGCACCCGUGAGGGGCGAGAAUGCCAAAUCAGAUACCGAGGGCGACCCAUCAACACCCGAAGUUGGAGCGGAAGAGGCGGCUCCCCCGAUUUUUGAUACUAUAGACGGUACUGUUCGGCAACAAGUCAACCUGUCUGAUAAUUCAGAAGUUGCCAAACGUUGCUUUCAACACUUGGAUCAGUCUGCUUCCCAAGGCCUUCGAACGCUACUGUAUGGCCAUCGUUUCCUCGAUGACCAGACGUAUUCUGAAUGGAAGCGACGCUAUACUGGUGUUCAUCUCGGGGCUACUGAUCGGACAGAAGCCAUAGACGAAGUCGGCCAGCAGCUCGAACACCAGAUGGAGCUGACGGGGGCAAUCGCUAUAGAAGAUAAGCUUCAAAAAGGAGUCCCAGAGGCCAUCGAUACGCUACGCAGAGCAAAUAUCAAACUUUGGAUGCUAACAGGCGACAAACGCGAGACGGCAGUCAGCAUUGGCCAAUCCUGCCGCCUUCUGCUUUCUCAUUCAAUUGUGAUUAGCCUCGAUGAAAGUAACUUCCGUCUGCGUCUGGCUGAUGUGACAGAAAAGAUAUCCAAGGGAGAAAUCCUGAGCUUUUCCAUCGUCGUUGAAGGCUCAGCACUGUCUGCGUUCGAGUAUGACGGGCCUUCCGUGGACAGCUUCUUUAGACUUGCAAUUCUCGCUGAUACGGUAAUAUGUUGCCGUGCGAGUCCUACACAAAAGACGUUCCUCGUGAAGACAAUCCGCAGAUAUUCCCGCAACGCUACAACUCUAGCGAUCGGCGACGGUGCGAAUGACAUUGGCAUGAUACAGGAAGCCAACGUAGGCAUUGGAAUAGCAGGCAAGGAAGGGCUGCAGGCUGCCAGGGUGUCUGAUUAUUCAAUAGCAGAAUUCCGCUUCCUCGUGAAACUUCUCCUCGUUCAUGGGCGAUGGAACUAUAUCCGGAUCUGCAAGUUUACUCUUGCCACAUUCUGGAAAGAAGUAGUCUUCUACAUAACACAAGCCUUCUACCAAAGUUCCAAUGGGUACACCGGAACCAGUCUGUAUGAGCCCUGGGGCUUGAGCAUGUUCAAUACGCUCUUCACCUCGGUCUCGGUUGUUCUUCUUGGUGUGUUCACGAAGGAUCUCUCGGCGUCCACACUGCUUGCCUUCCCCGAGCUCUAUGCGACCGGCCAGCAGCAUAGAGGCUUCAAUAUCGCAAUAUAUCUAGGCUGGACCCUGAUGGCCCUCUGCGAUGCCAUCAUAAUCUACUUCAUCAUCUAUAACCUGUACAAAGAUACAGGAACCGACAUAUUCUCCUUUGGUCUACCCACCUACUCAGCCUGUGUCAUUGUCGUCAACCUAAAACUUCAAUUCCUCGAGGUCUACAACAAAACCAUCACCGGCGCGGUUUCUUUGUUGGUGGCUAUCGGGGGUUGCUUCCUGUGGAAUAUUGUGUUGUCCUUCGUCUAUCGAUUCGAGUCAGGUCAAGGCAUCUAUCAUGUCCGAUGGAACUUCAUGCAUGAGUCCGGUGAGAACAUGUUAUUCUGGCAUGGUUUGGUGCUGGCGGUGCUCAGCGUCUGCCUGUUCGAAAUCGCAGUCGCAACCUUCCGGGCUUGGCUUUUCCCCACGGACGUCGAUCUCUUCCAGAGAUAUGAAUGGCGACGAAAGGAACCAUCUUUCUGUGAUGAGCCAGAUCAAAUCAACGAAAUGAGUGAAUUUCAACUAAAGGACUAG